AUGUCCCCACGUGAGGCUGUGACACUUCCCUCCCGGCGACGUCCUUCCCUCUCCUUCAGACCUCGACCUCGGACAGCUACCACAUCGACCCAUCAGACAACCCGUUUAGAAACCGACGUAUGGGGUGGAGGGUCAGCUGUCGAUGCAGCCGAUGAUGAAGGGCAGGUGUUGGAGGAAAUGAAUCAUUUUCCUGAGCCUGUCCCUAGGCGUCGAGAAGCGAGAAGCUUCUCCAGUUUACGCCAUCCUGUUGAUGGCUUGCGCGCGCUCGGCCGCCGCUUGUCGGUCACGAUCCGGAAUAAGUCUUCCAGGCAUUCGGCUCACCACCAUCAAGAUGACCUGGGCGACUUGAACCAUGAGCCGGAAUUUACGCCUAGAAAUAGGCACUCAUGGUGCAAGGGUGCCAGUAUCGAUCGCCGAUUGUCUCAUCACAGCGUAUCGGCGCUGCACGGUUUCCACGCACCAACUGCGCCUAUGCGUGCUCCGAUCCCAGGCAAUGGCUCGGAGCCCCCCGUUUUUCCGAAUGAUAUCUAUGCAGGCGCGGCCGCUCGGGCGGCCGCGGCGGCCCAGAACGAGCUGUUCAGGUCCGAGAGAGAUGGUGUAAAGUACUCCGACUCGGGACUGACGAGAGAUUCGGAGAGCGGUAUUGGUAUCGAUCUGCGUGACCGUUCCGAACUCUCCGAUACGGAUCUGGCCUUUCUGCGCUUAGAUCCGGUGACUCAUCUACCGCCAGAGGUCAUGUCCCAUAUCUUUACUUAUCUCGACCCCCAGUCUCUCAUGCAAUGCGAAUCGGUCUCUCACGCUUGGAGUGAGCAGGCAUCCUCCCGGCAUAUUUGGAGACAUGUGUUCCGUCACACCUAUGGACAUAGUCGCCCUGUCGGCAUCUCGAAGAAAAAACGAUCUGCUGGUUUAGGAAAAUCUCUCCCAGACCAAGACUGGAAGAGAAUGUUCCUUGUCCGCCGUGCACUGGAGCAGCGGUGGAAGGAAGGCAAGGCUGCUGCUAUUUAUCUCCACGGACAUAAAGACAGCGUGUAUUGUGCACAGUUCGAUGAGGACAAAAUCAUUACUGGAUCUCGUGAUCGAACCAUCAGAGUGUGGGAUGCUCAUUAUCCUUGGCCAUGCCGCAAGAUUAUCGGACCUCCUCCGGGAGAUAUCGCCGGUAUUGGGCCUGUCAAUAACAUGUCCCAGCAGUCAUCUGGAAAGCCACCUUUUCUUACAAUUUGCCCCCCGCCGACGCUCUCCGCUGGGAUUACCACCCCGGUUGAACAAGCUUCAGAAUACCAUAGUGCAUCCAUCCUUUGCCUCCAAUUCGAUGAGGAGAUCAUGGUUACGGGGUCAUCUGACUAUACUUGCAUUGUUUGGGACAUCCACAAUGAUUAUCAGCCUAUUCGCCGCCUGGAAGGCCACCGGGCAGGUGUGCUAGAUGUGUGCUUUGAUGACCGUUAUAUUGUUUCUUGCUCAAAGGAUACCACCAUCUGUGUGUGGGAUCGGCAUACUGGAGCUCUCCUUCAAAGGCUUGUCGGACACAGGGGCCCUGUCAACGCAGUUCAGCUACGUGGCGACUUGAUUGUCUCUGCGAGCGGAGAUGGCGUCGCCAAAUUGUGGAACAUCACUUCUGGUCACUGUGUCAAGGAAUUUCACAGUAAAGACCGCGGACUUGCAUGCGUUGAGUUUAGUGAAGAUGCUAGGACUAUCCUCACUGGCGGUAAUGAUCAAGUUAUAUAUCAGUUUGAUGCAAACACCGGUGACAUGGUCAAUGAGCUGAAAGGUCACGAAGGGUUAGUCCGGUCUCUGCAUCUGGACAGUGCGGGGCAGCGGAUUGUCAGUGGAAGUUACGAUAUGAGUGUUAAGGUUUUUGAUGCGCAGACCGGGGAGUUGUCGAUUGACCUACCCGGCUGGACCACCAGUUGGAUGUUGAGUGUGAAGUCAGACUAUCGACGCAUCCUGGCCACGAGCCAGGAUUCUCGAGCAGUCAUCAUGGACUUUGGUUAUGGACUAGAUGGCAUUGAAUUGCUAGGGGAAUAG